AUGGCGGCGGCUGCAGCUGGACCUGCAACAACCCAAAGGUUUUGCCCGAGCUUCUCGGAUGCUCUGAUUGACGAGGACCCCCAGGCGGCUUUAGAGGAGCUGACUAAGGCUUUGGAACAGAAACCAGAUGAUGCACAAUAUUAUUGUCAAAGAGCUUAUUGUCACAUCCUUCUUGGGAAUUACUCUGAUGCUGUUGCUGAUGCAAAGAAAUCUCUUGAAUUUAAUCCUAAUAAUCCCACUGCUAUGAUGAGAAAAGGGAUAUGUGAAUACCAUAAAAAAAACUAUGCUGCUGCUCUGGAAACAUUUACAGAAGGACAGAAAUUAGAUAGUGCAGAUGCUGAUUUUAUUGUCUGGAUUAAAAGGUGUCAAGAAGCUCAGAAUGAGUUACAAUCAACGGCGUCUGUAUCCCAGAGGAAUUCUCAGCCGAAAAUCAAGUAUGACUGGUAUCAAACAGAAUCUCAAGUAAUCAUUACACUUAUGAUCAAGAAUGUUCAGAAGAAUGACGUAAAUGUGGAAUUUUCAGAAAAAGAGUUGUCUGCUUUGGUGAAACUUCCUGCUGAAGAGGAUUACAAUUUGAAUCUGAGACUACUUCAUUCUAUAAUACCAGAACAGAGCAUGUUUAAAGUUCUUUCAACAAAGAUUGAAAUUAAAAUGAAAAAGUCAGAGGCUGUGAGAUGGGAAAAGCUAGAGCGAGAAGAAGAAGUGCCUAAGCCAAAACAGUUGGUAGCAGAUGUAAAGAACCUAUAUCCAUCAUCAUCUCUUUAUACAAGAAAUUGGGAUAAAUUGGUUGGAGAAAUCAAGGAAGAAGAAAAGAAUGAGAAGUUGGAGGGAGAUGCAGCUUUAAACAAAUUAUUUCAACAGAUCUAUUCAGAUGGUUCUGAUGAAGUGAAACGUGCCAUGAACAAAUCAUUUAUGGAGUCUGGUGGUACAGUUUUGAGUACCAACUGGUCUGAUGUAGGUAAAAGAAAAGUUGAAAUCAACCCUCCUGAUGAUAUGGAAUGGAAAAACACCUGGUAUAUGAAGUGA